AUGGUCCGCAUCGCCCUCUUCGCCCUUCUCUCCGUUGUCGCCGCUAUCCCGGCACCCCUCCAGCCCGACCCAGCUGGUGCUAAGAACGUAGGCAACGGACAGGGUACCCAGUUCAUCGGCGGAGAAUGCUUGAGCUCGGCAGACUGCGCAUCGACGUGUUGCGCGGGAGUGUCAGGCCAGAGCUUUGGCUUGUGCUCCGGCCUCGGCGCGCAGACCCAAGCCGGCAAGACCGGCUGCGGCUUUGGCGACAACGGACAGGCUCAGACCAACGCCACAAGCACGAACUAAGCUGAGCCAGUUUAAGUGUUGCUGGUACUAGUGACAAACAGCAAUGGACAUCAGCCGCUCGGCCGAGAUGGUGGGAAACGUCAUACUACCAGGGUAGUAUGCCGUCUUCGGAGGAUAUGCUACAAAGUUAUAGAGCGCCGUAAAUAUGUCUUGCAUGGUAUGAUAGG